CACAGAGAGAAGGUGAGGCAGAGAGAGAGAGAGGUCUUCCAUCCACCAGCUCGAUCCGAAGGUGGGAGCCAGGAGCCUCCUUUUGGUCUCCCACGCAGGUGCAGGGGCCUGAGGGUUUGAGCCAUCUUCUACUGCUUUCCCAGGCCAUAGUAGAGAGCUGGGUUGGAAGUGGAGCAGCCGGGACUCGAACUGAUGCCCAUAUGGGAUGCUGGCACUGCAGGCAGCGGCUUUACUCGCAAUGCCACAGCACUGGCCCCCAUUUAUUUAUUUGAGAGACAGAGUGCUCCCAUCUGCUGUUUUGCUCCCCAACUGCUGCAUCGCAAGGAGCCUGGGACUCAAGCCACGUCUCCCAUGUGGGUGGCAGAGACCCAACUACUUAAGCUGUCAUAGUUGCUGCCUUCCAUGGUGCACCUUAGCAGGAAGCUGGAAUCAGACUGGGGCUUGGUCGCUCUAGGAUGGGAUGUGGGUCGUACCCUGCAUCUUCACUGCCGGCCGCACACCUGGCCCAUCCAUGUUAGCAUGUGGCCAAGGUAAUGGUGGCGGGCAGGCCACGUUGUAAUAAACACGGAUCCAGCAUCAGUGACUUGCCCAAGGCCUCAUGGCAGAGAGAGAGUUUUGAACCUGAGGUUGCUGCUGAGGGCGGCAGAGACUUGGUUUUUGCAUUGGAAAUGGGGUUACAGUUCUCCCCCUACCUCCCUCCUUGGCACGCCCAUUGUGAGAAUAAAAUGAGACAAUGUAGAUUGUUACUUCUUAAAAUGUGGAGCUGGCAGCAUUGUUAGGGAUUAUGCAAAUCCUGUGGGUGUGGCCAUUCACUUUGGAAUGUGUCUUUUAGGAGUGGGGAGAAAUGUGGUGGGCAUGGACCCCUGGGGGCAGAGAAAGGUUAGGGCUGGAUGAGGAUCUGGGGGAGAGGUGGGUUGGGUCCCCAGACUUGAGAGCCCACGAGACGUGGCUGUGCCUGGGUCCCAAAGGCUCAGUGUCACCCUCUUUGUUCUGUCUGUGAUCUCUCGGUGGUGUUCUGGAAGAUUCUGGCUGGUAGCUCCCCUGGCUCCUUGGCCUGGGAGGACUGUUUAUAAUGUCUACCUCUGUUGCUCCUCCCUCAUGAAGCCAGAGCUGGGCUGUGCUUGCUGUCCUGUCUCUUAAAUACUCUGCUGCGUCCACAGGGAAGCCGGCAGGAGGGGACCUGGGGGUGAGACUUGAGGGCAGCCCACCGCGCAGGCCGCAGCACCCCACUCCUCUGCCUCCCACUUGCUCUCAGCCCCCCCGGGCCAGGACUGCGGGCCGAGGUGAGGCUGCCUGCGGCUGGCUAUUUUGGGAGGCCCUUACUCCGAAGAAGCCGAAGAAGCUGCAGAGACCCCAGGACUCCCCGAGCCUCUGCUGUUCGGGAAUGCCAUUGUUCUCGCUCCCCCCGGCAGCCUGGGAAACGAUGCUAAUUUCAGCCUCUGGUCCCUGACUCAUUCUCUUCUCCUCCCUGACUCGGAGGGUGCCCUUGGGUUUCCGAAGCCCCUUUCCUGGGUUGGGGGGGCAUUGUGAUGGCUAUGGUUUCACCCUGGUUUUGGGAGGGGUGGGGAAGGAGCGAGAGGGGGACCUUCAAUUGCUCACUCUGAAGUCCGAGAUCUGGACUCACCAGCCUUCCAUGAUGCCUUCGGCUGCGCUACAUGGUGAAGCAGCUGGAGAAUGGCGAGGUGAACAUCGAGGAGCUGAAGAAGAACCUGGAGUACACGGCUUCUCUGCUGGAGGCCGUCUAUAUCGAUGAGACACGGCAAAUCCUGGACACGGAGGACGAGCUGCAGGAGCUGCGGUCAGAUGCGGUGCCCUCAGAGGUGCGUGACUGGCUGGCGUCCACCUUCACGCAGCAGACCCGGGCCAAAGGCCGCCGGGCGGAGGAGAAGCCCAAGUUCCGUAGCAUCGUGCACGCCGUGCAGGCCGGCAUCUUCGUGGAAAGGAUGUUCCGGAGAACGUACACCGCUGUGGGCCCCACCUACUCCACCGCCGUCCACAACUGUCUUAAGAAUCUGGACCUCUGGUGCUUUGACGUCUUCGCCCUGAACCGGGCAGCCGAUGACCACGCCCUGAGGACCAUUGUUUUCGAGUUGCUGACCCGGCACAACCUCAUCAGCCGUUUCAAGAUACCUACUGUGUUCCUGAUGACUUUCCUGGACGCUCUGGAGACAGGCUACGGCAAGUACAAGAAUCCCUACCACAACCAGAUCCACGCAGCCGACGUCACCCAGACGGUCCACUGCUUCUUGCUCCGCACAGGGAUGGUGCACUGCCUGUCGGAGAUCGAGGUCUUGGCCAUCGUCUUCGCCGCAGCCAUCCAUGACUAUGAGCACACGGGCACCACCAACAGCUUCCACAUCCAGACCAAGUCGGAGUGCGCCAUCUUGUACAACGACCGCUCGGUGCUGGAGAACCACCACAUCAGCUCGGUCUUCCGCAUGAUGCAGGAUGACGAGAUGAACAUUUUCAUCAACCUCACCAAGGACGAGUUUGCGGAGCUGCGGGCCCUGGUCAUCGAGAUGGUGCUGGCCACCGACAUGUCCUGCCAUUUCCAGCAAGUGAAGUCCAUGAAGACCGCGCUGCAGCAGCUGGAGAGAAUCGACAAGUCCAAGGCUCUGUCCCUCCUGCUGCAUGCCGCCGAUAUCAGCCACCCCACCAAGCAGUGGGCAGUGCACAGCCGCUGGACCAAGGCGCUCAUGGAGGAAUUCUUCCGCCAGGGUGACAAGGAGGCGGAGCUGGGCCUGCCCUUCUCUCCACUCUGUGAUCGCACCUCCACUCUGGUGGCCCAGUCCCAGAUUGGUUUCAUUGACUUCAUAGUGGAGCCCACGUUCUCCGUGCUCACCGAUGUGGCCGAGAAGAGCGUGCAGCCCCUGGUGGAUGAGGACUCCAAGUCUAAGAACCAGCCCAGCUUCCAGUGGCGCCAGCCUUCUCUGGAUGUGGACGUGGGGGACCCCAACCCUGACGUGGUCAGCUUCCGCUCCACCUGGACCAAAUACAUUCAGGAGAACAAGCAGAAGUGGAAGGAACGGGCAGCGAGCGGUGUCACCAACCAGAUGUCCAUUGACGAGCUGUCCCCCUGUGAAGAAGAGGCCCCGCCCUCACCUGCUGAGGAUGAACACAACCAGAAUGGAAAUCUGGACUAGCCCUGGGGCUGGCCCGGGUCCUCCCGAGUCCAGAGUAUUCGAUGUCAUCAGCACCAUCCAUCAGGACAUCUGCUCCAAGGGGCCGCCCGCCCGGAGGCCACGUGCCAGAGAUCUUGGGUUGGGGGAGGGCCCCUCCACCUGCCACCCACUGGGUCCCACUUUAAUCUCUGGGCGGCAGGACUGAGCAAGCCCAGGCUCCCAGUGGUCACUGUGUCCAUCCCCCUGCCUCUGGACUCCCCCCAUGGCCUUGGCUGUCUGGGAGCUGGGGAGCCUCCUGGGGGGAGGGUCAGAGCUGCCAGCCCCCGGGCCCUCCCCCAUCCUUUUUGCCUCCAAGUUUCUAAGCAAUACACAUCGGGGGUUCCCUCCGCCCGCACCCCCACCCCAGAUCUUAGCUGGCAGGUCUGGGGCCCCCUUCUCCUCCCCCUGGGAAGGGCUGAAGUAGGGUAGAAAGCUGGGCUCCCCCCUCCCCCCACGUGUGGGAAGGGGAGUGGCUUCCUCCGGGGCAUAGUUCCUUUCUGGGCCCCUGGGAGUAGGCUGGGGGCAGCCUCGGCGCCCGCACCUGCACUGCUUCAGCCCCGGGCCCAGCCUGACUCCCUGCCAACAUCCCUCCCUCUCUCCCAUUCUGCCGCAGGGACUCGGGGCAGGGGAGCCACGAGGGCCAGGGUGGAAGGAUUGGGCUGGGCCCCGGGCCGAGCCCUCCGCCCCCUUCCUCCCCCUUCCUCCCCAACUCCGGGUGUGGGGGGGACUCGGAGGCUCCCAUCCGACCAAUGUCUGUAAAAGGGGCGGGGCGUCUUCAGGAAGCGUCUUAGAGCUCUGGCUGGAGAGAGCUGGGUGGGGGGCGAUUGAGGCGUGGCCCCGGAACCCUGUGCAGUCUCCCGCACCACGAGGCCCUCCCCCUGGGGAGGGGCGUGUGCUAGGCGGAUGGGAAGGGGCUCCAGGCGGCAGCUGUCAGGUCGUCUCAUGCCCCUUCCCCUCCCAAGGCUCCUCCCGCCCCCUGCCCCAGGUGACCGCCCUCCUCCGCCCGUGUACAUAACGAGCCAUGCAUUUGUACCGUGGGCCCCGUGCGUGUGAGCUCCGCAUCCGCGGUCUCUGAGACCCGCCACCCCAGUACUCGCCCCUGACGCAUGUGACUCACGCCCGUCCCGGUCUCCCACGCCCCUUCUAUAGCCAGAGAUCAAUAAAGAAGGGAGACCAGGC